CCAGAAAAAGAAUGGAGUACAAACAUUUCAGCCACCAGCACAACUUAACCCUCUACAGAGUAGAGCCAGGUCAGCAAUUCCAAUGCAACGGCUGCCAUUUACCCUGCCAGAAGGACUCCAUUUUCGCGUGCUGGAUGUGCAGCUUCUUCCUCCACGAGCACUGUGGCAAUGCCAACAGGUACGUGAAACACCCAGCACACGCGCCGCACCCACUCGUACUCAUGGUGGCCCCCACCUACUGCAGCGCCACCUUCCUUUGCAACUGCUGCGGUAGGCCCGGCACCGCCCUAUCCUACUGCUGCCCACUCUGCGAAAUCGACCUCCACGUGCCGUGCGCGUACUUGCCUCUGAAAGUGAGCCACGUCAACCACCCGCACGAGCUGUUUCUCAGACUUGGAUCGCAGAUCACCGAGGCCCCCACACAGUACUGCAAGAUCUGCUCGAAUGAGGUGUCUUGUAAGUACUGGAGAUACGUUUGCGAUAAAGAGGAGUGCGAUUUUAGGGUUCAUACGUUUUGUGGUACUACUGAGGUGAACCCGAGUCAGUAUGUGGACGAUGAACCGGACAGCGAAGUGCAGGCCCCGGCUUCGGACAGUGCCCCGACAGCUGAGGAUGUUCUUGCUGAGAUGUUUAAAAUUCAGAUGCAGAUGCAAAUGGCUCAACAAUUGAAUCAGAUGUUUGCUCCGCCGAAAAAUUACCACCAGCACCCUUUGAUUCUCCACAAAAUUCAACCAGGGGAGCAAUUUCAGUGCAACGGAUGCAAUUUACCAUGCGUAAAAGACUCGAUUUUUACCUGCUGGAGCUGCAAAUUCUUCCUCCACGAGCACUGCGGAAACGCGAAUCGGUACGUGAAGCACCCCUCCCAUCCCACCCACCCACUCGUGCUCGUCCCGAUCCCAACCUACUGCAGCGGCGCGUUCAUCUGCGACGCCUGCGGCUCGCCGGGAACCGCCUUCUCAUACUCGUGCCCGCUCUGCGAGGUGGAUCUACACAUCAACUGCGCGUUUUUGCCGCCGACGGUGAUCCACAACGCACACCACCACGAAGUGCAUCUCGGAUUGACACCUGAGAAGCCACACAGUCCGGAUUUCUGCAAACUGUGCCGGAAGGAAUUGAGCUGUAAGAAUUGGUCUUACGCGUGCGAGAAGCCAGAGUGCGAUUUUAGGGUUCAUACUUUUUGCGCUACGAGCGAGGUGAAACCGGGGUUUUAUGGGGAUAAUCAGCCGGAGAAUCAAACUCCGGCCGUCGCUCGUCCGGCGGCGAAUCAGACACCACCGCAGGAGGCGGAGCUUACGCCGGAGGAAAUCAUGCUCGGAAUUGCUCAGAUGAGGAUGGAGUAUAACAUGGCUCACGCAUUGGCAAACAUGAUUGCUUACAAUCCUUAUUAAUAAUUACUCCAUGUUUAAACCCAGAUUAGUGGUGGAUUAAUAAACAACUUAGCAUUGUAAUUACGUAUGUAUGUAUGUAUGUAUUUUUUUUUAAAAUAUAUUUUCAUGUAUUAUAUGCCUUGAUUAAAUGUUAUUCUACGUAUUUGUUU